AUGGGACCUGAUAUGAGGACGGGCAUGCUGGGCGAGGACGGAAUCCAUGUCGAUAUGAACCAUCUCAAGAAGGGCGAGGUCAAUCUUGGUACUUCAAUCAUGGCCAUCAAUUUCAAGGACGGUGUGAUAUUAGGAGCAGAUUCUCGAACCACAACGGGAGCAUACAUUGCCAACAGAGUCACGGACAAGCUUACUCAAGUUCACGAUACAAUAUGGUGCUGCAGAUCGGGCUCGGCGGCUGACACACAAGCAGUCGCAGAUAUUGUGAGCUAUCAUCUGGGUCUAUAUGGUGUCCAGAACGGACAAGGUGAUGCACCAACGACACAAACAGCUGCAGCACUGUUUCAAGAGUUGUGUUACGACAACAAAGAUCAAUUGAGCGCUGGCAUGAUUAUAGCUGGUUACGAUAAGCGACACGGUGGUUCCGUCUAUUCAAUUCCACUUGGUGGCUCGCUGCACCGACAAUCGUACGCCAUUGGUGGAUCUGGCUCGACAUAUAUCUACGGUUACUGUGACGCCAAUUGGAAAGAGAGCAUGACUGAGGAGGAAGGCAUCAAAUUCGUGAAAGGCGCUCUCUCUGAAGCCAUCAAAUGGGACGGCAGUUCUGGUGGUGUAAUUCGCAUGGUUGUCCUUACAGCAAGAGGGCACGAAAGACACCUGUACUUACCAGAUAAUGGCUAUACAGGCCCCGGACGGACUUGA